UCAUUCGUGGCGGGAUUUUAUCGCAACGCGCUGGUCGGUAGGAAGUAAGAUAAAACACCACUUCCUCGUUUGCUCCAAGUAAAUCACAGAUUGUUUCGCUGAGUUGUGGCAAAUACGCUAAAGAGUGUAUGUAGAUGCCUCUGUGCAAUUGUAUAAAAUUAUAGUAUUCCAAUAACUCUUUUUUUAUUGUGAAACAUGACCGAGAAAUUAGCGGUGAAACACACGAAUUCGUUGGCUUUGAAGAACCAUAAGCUAUUAAUGAAAGAACGUGAUUCGAAAAACAGUUACUCGUAUUCGAAACUUUAUAGAUCAGCGAUAUUCUGCGCGGUAACCUGUUGUAUCUUUUUAAUCUAUUGGUUCAUACUCACUCCUUUAUUAAUCGGUACUCUCUCUGCUCACAAUUCUCAUAAGUCUGACCAUGCGUCCGUCCGUUUGCUCGUGUUAUAUUGGUUCAUCGCGUUUCUAAUUUGGCUGUUCAUUAUGUUGUGUCUAUUUCUAUCUUGGAAGUGUAUGGGAACCAAACGCGAAGAUAAUGCGACGUCGCGAUCGUACGGCACAAAUGAUUCCCAACAAUUGACAUCUUUGAUUGACGCGAAACGCCAGGUUUCGCUUUUUCCUAAACUAAUUAAUAAUAAGUCGGAUACAAUCGUUUCGGACGAAUCUCGAGAGAACAAAAAUAAAAAACACAAAGAUCUUCCGCCUCUUGUUAUCCAUCGUCGGAAUUCUGGUAACGAUAUUGCGAACGUCGAUGAAAAUAUCGACGAAGUCGAUGAAAAUCUGGAUUCUGAGAAAUCACGAAAUGAUGAUGAAAAGCCGGAUGUGAAAGAUUAUUUAAAAUUAGUGACUGUUACUCCGCAAGAUGAAUUGGAAACGGAAUCAGCGAAAGGACCACUUUCGCCUAGAGAAUUGUUUUUCAUCGAUCUUAUAAGAGAGGCUGAGAAGGCCGAACGAAGUGGAGCAAGAAACCAUCAGGAAACCGAAAAGAAACCUUUUCUCCCAAGUGACUUCGCGUCGACUAAGGAAAACGAUAUUAACGAGGAGAAAAAAUCAAUAGAAGCAACGUUCUUCAUCGCAGACGUAGAGAGUCCGAAAAGUCCGAUGAGUGUAAAAUCUGAAGUGUUUUUAAAUAUCGAUCCUUGUCCAGAGCCGAUCAAAGAAUGGUCUGUAAAUUUGGACGAAGAGAAGCCGGGUCUUUCAUUAGACAACGCUUCCACGGACGAGGCGAACGAAGACACGGAAGAUAUAAUUACUGUGUCCGAGAUAUAAUUACUAAUUCAUUCUGAAGACUAUUAUACGUAUCAUAAUUAUCAUUCAAAUCAUUAUCGCAAGUAGUUAGAUAAAAUAUAAAAUAGGGGAUGCGACGAUAAAAUUCUUCCAGAUGACUGU